AUGAUGUUCCGGGAUCAGGUGGGCAUCCUGGCUGGCUGGUUCAAAGGCUGGAACGAAUGUGAGCAGACGGUCGCCCUGCUGUCCCUUCUCAAGCGUGUCUCUCGCACCCAAGCCCGCUUUCUGCAGCUGUGCCUGGAGCACUCGCUGGCCGACUGCACAGAGAUCCACGUCCUGGAGUCAGAAGCUAACAGCGCAGCCCUCAUCAACCAGUGGCAUCAAGAGCCCAAAGACAAAGUCGUCUCCCUGCUCCUCUCCCACCUGCCCCUCCUCCAGCCCGGCAACGUAGACGCCAAGUCCGAGUACAUGAAGCUUUUGCAGAAGGUGUUGGCCUACUCCAUCGAGAGCAACCUCUUCAUCGAAGAGAGCCGGCAGCUGCUCUCCUACGCCCUCAUCCACCCGGCCACCACCCUGGACGACCGCAGCUCCCUGGCCCUUUGGCUCAACCACCUGGAGGAGCGCCUCUCCAGCGGCUACUCCAGCCAGGGCAGGGGACGGCCAGACACGGCUUACCACUCGCGCCAAGGCUCCGACGACUGGCAAGGCCCGGUGGAGACGGGCCUCGGAGAUCUGGGGCACGGCUGGCAGGAGAAGGCGCCACGGGAAAACGGGCACCUGUCCUUCCACCCUGCCGGCUCGGUGUCCUCGGCCAUCAAUAGCAUUGGGAGCAGCACGGGCAGCACAGCUCUUCCUUGCCAAAUCCACCCCAGCCCGCUGAAGCGCUCCAUGUCGCUCAUCCCCACGGGCCAGCAGGUCCCCAGCGAGUGGAUGAACAUGGACGAGAUGGGGGCCAGGUCGGCCUUCAUCUCCGGCGGGGAGCACGCCCCCCUCUCGCCCCAGAGCAGCGUGGCUUCCUCGGGCAGCGAGCAGACGGAGGAGCAGCCCGGCGGUCGGAACUCCUUCCAGGAGGACGGCAGCGGCAUGAAAGAUGUUCCCUCGUGGCUGAAGAGCCUCCGUCUCCACAAAUACGCAGCGCUUUUCUCCCAAAUGACCUACGAAGAGAUGAUGACUCUCACGGAGCAGCAUCUGGAAUCGCAGAAUGUGACCAAAGGAGCGAGGCACAAAAUUGCCUUAAGUAUCCAAAAGUUGCGCGAAAGGCAGAGUGUCCUCAAGUCCUUGGAGAAGGACAUCUUGGAAGGGGGGAACUUAUGGAACGCCCUUCAGGAGCUUCAGCAGAUCAUCACCACCCCCAUCAAGGCCUUCCACGCUCUGCAGGCUGCGGCCGCAUCCAAGGAGGCCCAGCCGUUGGCCGCCGAGCAGAGGGGGGGUCCCAAGCUGGCUCUGGAGAAAAGCAGCAACAGCACCAUGGACAAGGAAGCCACCGACGACCCCUUCCCACCCCCAACAGGCUCUCCGUGCGAUGGAGAAUCCGGAGCGGCACCGAUCGGCGAAGGGGACAUUGCAGGGCAGUUCACUCGCGUGAUGGGUAAAGUGUGUACGCAGUUGCUCGUCUCCCGGCCGGAUGAGGAGAACAUCACCAGUUACCUCCAACUGAUAGAGAAGUGCUUGAUGCACGAGGCCUUCACCGAGACCCAGAAAAAGCGUCUCUUGUCCUGGAAGCAGCAGGUGCUGAAGUUGCUCCGUACUUUCCCGAGGAAGGCCGUGCUGGACAUGCAAGGCUAUCGCCCCCAGAAAGGAUGGGCCUUUGGCUCCAACUCUCUCCCCAUAGCUGGAUCUGUGGGGGUGGGAGUGGCCCGCCGAGGACAGAGGCAGUUCCAGAUGCCCCCCCGUGCCCUCCCCCCAAGCCGCAUGGGGAUCCUGAGUCCCGUGGGGAUCGGUGGAGUCUCUCCACGGCACGGUCUGACCAGCCCAAAUCUGGGGAGCCAAGGUCGGCAGAACCUCUGGUUUGCCAAUCCCGGCGGCAGCAACAGCAUGCCCGGCCAGAACCGCAGCUCAGUCCAGCGGACCCACUCGCUGCCCGUCCACACCUCCCCUCAGGCCAUCCUCAUGUUCCCACAGGAUUGCCAGCUCCCUGGAACGGAUCUGGAGAUCAACCCCACUUUGGAGUCCCUGUGCCUGAGCAUGACGGAGCACGCACUGGGCGAUGGCACGGACAAGACCUCAACCAUCUGA